AUGUUUAUUGAACGAUUUGGCGGUGUUUUUCGGAUGGCGUUGUCCCCGGCCGCCUCCAGCUCCGACGACUACUAUUUCAUGCUCGGGGUGGAAAAGACGGCCAGCGAGGUGGAGAUCAAGGCCGCCUACCGGAAGCUCGCUCUAAAAUACCACCCGGAUCGGAACCCCGGCGAUGAACACGCCCAAGAGAUGUUCAAGAAGGUGUCGCUGGCCUACGCGAUUUUAUCGGACCCCAACAAGCGACGGCAAUAUGACAUCAGCGGUCCCAGCGCCUCACAGCUCGAUUUCGAGGCUUUCGACGUGUCUGGGAUGGGGGGAAUCGAACGUGUCUUCGGGGCUCAUUCUCCUCGCUGGGCG